UUGUGGUUAAUUUUAGAUGAAUUCUCCAUAAUAGACUGACUGAAUACAUGCUUAUCCUGUCAUCUUCCACUGGUUCGCCAAUGCAUGCCGUUGAAGGAGACGACGAGGACCAUUUCAUUAAAAAAAUACGAAUACCGACUCAUGAAUCGUAUUCAUGUGUAGACGAUAUGUUGUUUGUGGUCGUAUUAUAUGAAUUCUUUCUACUCAAAGUGCAGGAAUCCACAGCCCGGUACAUGUUUAUAUUAAAAGUAAAAAGAUGAAAUGUCACUCAUUACUGUGUUGUCAAUGUCAGCGCGUGAAUGUUUUGUUUUUGAUUGUGAAACGCAUUGAUUGGGAGUGAAAGCUACUAACGAUGUAAAACAUAAUUAUAUUUCUGUAUAAAUAAUGUGUAAUAACUGACCUUAAAUAACACUGGAUUGAGCUUCUCUUAAAUAAAAAAUGGAUCCAGCUUUGCUACGGGAACGGGAGGCUUUUAAGAAAAAGGCACUUUCAACACCAACUGUUGAGAAGAAAAAGUCAAAGGAUGACUCCCAAUUCAAAGAUGACAGCAAAAAGAAAUCCAAAUCAUCGAGUUCAGUCCUCUCUGGACCAAAACUUGAUGCCACCAAUUACAAAACAAUGGCUGGUAGCUCCAGCUACCGUUUUGGAGUAUUGGCCCGGAUAGUUAGACACAUGCGAGCCAGGCACCAGGAUGGUGAUGACCAUCCGUUAACUUUAGAUGAAGUAUUGGAUGAGACCAAUCAAUUGGAUGUUGGGAAUAAAGUAAAACAGUGGUUACAAUCAGAAGCCCUGCAGAACAAUCCUAAAAUUGAAUGUACACAAGAUGGGAAAUACAUAUUUAAACCGGUGUACAAAAUUAAAGACAAAAAAUCAUUACUAAGGUUGUUGAAACAACAAGAUCUAAAGGGCCUGGGAGGGAUACUGUUAGAGGAUGUACAGGAAUCCCUGCCACACUGCGAGAGGGCCCUGAAGAAUUUGGCACAAGAAAUAUUAUACAUAACCAGAUCUACUGAUAAGAAAAAGAUAUUAUUUUAUAACGACAAAACUGCUACAUUAGAUGUAGAUGACGAAUUCGUAAAAUUAUGGCGCGCCACAGCUGUCGAUGCCAUGGAUGACGCAAAGAUUGAGGAAUACUUAGAGAAACAAGGUAUUAAGUCUAUGCAAGAUCAUGGUCCUAGGAAACCUAUAGCCCCUAAACGGAAAAAGGUUUCACAAAAACGACGGCAGUUCAAGAAACCGCGCGACAACGAGCACUUGGCUGAUGUUCUUGAGACUUAUGAAGAUAAUACAUUGACACAAAAGGGUGUUAGUAUUAAAUAAAAUGUGAUCAUGUUUAUUUUGGUU